AUGUCUGACAGAAUAAAAAUCACCUCCCCCAGCACCUCAGUCUUAGACUCCAUCUCACACGGUUGGGAGACAGUCAACAACAACAACAACCAACCCACAACCCCCUCUGCAUCCAGGGUUGGAUCUGACUCUGAUGUCCCCACCGUCGAACACAUCGAAGAUAUUGCUACUUACACCGGCGAUUUCAACGAGGAAGAGGAACACGCCGUCAUCUCAGGCCCACUUGCUGAACGGCUCGUUUCUGAGCCUAUUACCAUUCCUCCCGCUGCUGCUGCGGCUGUUGCCUCUGAAGCUGUUACUGAGGAUGCUGAAGCUGACACUAAAGUUGAAAAUUAUGAUGGCGAUGCGGAUGCGUAUGCGGCACUGCACUUCUGGAAGAACGAGGCUGUGGGUGGUUUUCGUGGUGCAGCUGCUGGAAAGCGUCCUGGUGUUUCGGAGGGAGAGUAUUCUCAAGCUAGUUUGUUGGCUGAGAAAGUUUUUGAGAGCAGGUUACAGCGUAUGCAGGAUAUUAUGGGGAUGUAUGAGGCUAGGCGGAAGGAGUACGAUCCCGAGCAGAACAAAAAAGAAGACGAGUACUGGAGCAAGUACAUGGCCGGUAGCCCUAGCACUAUCCUCGAACCUUACUCCCCCGGCGUCGAGGACUCUGGUGCCCCCGCCCGUCGUCACUUGAACUCUGCCCGUGAGGGUACUGUUAGUGCUGGUGCUAAUUCCAUUGUCAGUGCUCCUACUCUUUCUACUUUGUCUCCUAUUUGUGCUCGUGCGAGACGCCAGAGCCCUGCUAGUGUCAGCAACGCUGAUGUCUCCCUCCCUACGCCCGCGCCUGCCCGCCCAACACAAGAGAGGCCUUCACAUGAGGUUAGUGCCAGUCCCACUGGUACCGCCAUCCCCAUCCUGUCUCCUGUCUCAUCAAGGUGCCAGAGCUUCACCCAUGAUGCUAGCUCCAGCAACAUUGGCGUUGGCAUUUCCAUCCCUUUUCCAUCCCCCCACUCGUCUCCCGCUCGCACAAAGACAUCGAACAGCGAAGCCUACGGAAAAGCACUCGCUUCUUUCAACGCUCUCUGCCAGAGCUUCCACGAGUGUGUUCAGCUCCAGGAACGUGAGAAUAUGAACGCUGCUUCUAACGAAGCCAGCAGCUCCAACGAUGUCAACGUCAAUAUCAAUAUCAAUAUUAACAUCAAUGGUCACCGGAACGGCAAUACCAGCAUCAAUGUCAACGGUACUGGGACCGAUACUGAGACUGAUACCGACUUCCCCUGCGACAACACCCGCAAUAACGAGCCGGACCAGGAGUACGAUGCUGACGGCGAAUCCUCCGACCCUCUUGCUCUGGACACGAUUAUUCCGAACGAACGAGCCAAUCCGAGCUCUCCUGAGCCUGAAGCUGAUAGUGGUUACGAAGAGGGUAACUGA